AACUCACGAAGGCAGUUGAGGGAGAUGCAACAACGUGAAGGAGAAUUACAAAGGCAGAUUAACCAAAUGCAGCGACGCGAACAAAUGCUGUUGGCGGAGAAGCAGGAGCUUGAACAAAACUUUGAGAGCCAGUUGAGCGAGAUGCAAGAACAAGAAGAAAAUUUACAAACGCAGUUAAAUGAAACGCAGCAACGCGAACAAGACUUUGAGAGCCAGCUGAGCGAGAUGCAAGAACGGGAAGAAAAUUUACAAACGCAGUUAAACGAACUACAAGGAGAAAAUUCUGAACUACAGUUACGUCUGCGAUGCGAUUGGGUUAUUUCACGCGACGAGAUUGAAAUGACGGACAAACUCCUUGGGCAGGGAGGUUGGGCAAGUGUUUAUGAGGGCGUGUAUUGUGGCUGCCCUGUAGCAGUGAAACAAAUUCAUAAUUUGAUCGUUUCUGAUUACAACAUUCGUCUAUUUGAGAGAGAAAUGAGUAUAGCAUCUAAGUCCCGCCACCCUCAUUUACUACAGUUUGUGGGUGCCACGAAUGACAAAGAGAGUCCUUUAUUUGUGACCGAGCUCAUGAUGAAAAGUCUGCGGGAUCUAUUGCAAGAGAGACAGCUCUUAGUACAAGAAAUAUAUGUUCUUUGUCUUGAUAUCGCUCGUGCUCUUAACUAUCUUCAUCAGAAGAAACCAGUACCCAUUAUUCAUCGGGAUGUAAGCAGUGCCAAUGUCUUGCUAUGGCGACAGGGUGACCAAUGGAGGGGUAAAGUGUCAGACUACGGCACUGCUAAUUUCAUGCAGCAGACCAUGACAGUGGGUCCCGGUGCUGUGAUUUACAGCGCACCUGAGUCAUCUACACCAAACCAGACAGUCAAGGUUGUUUUGUUUUUCAGUAAUUAAAUUUAGAUGUAAAACCCUGAAAGCGUGAACACCAGAAAUAUUUGUGGAAUGUUGUUCUGUUAGAAUUAGAAAUCCUAUCAGGCGCGAGAAAAACAAACUGCAAGCAGUGAUGGUCACUAGUUUGUUGUUUGUAUAAAAAAUCGAGAACAAUUUUCUAUGGUCUACUCUUACCGACCAUAGAAAUGACCUGAAAAUGUUCAAAACUCAAGUGGAACCACCAGGUACAGGUGAGUGGUUUCACUGCAAAGUUUUGAACACGGUUCGGUUCAAAUUGCUUUUUACAAUAACCAUUAUCACUGAAGUUUCUCCGCCGGAAAAUCGCGCCCGCGAGAAAGACAAAGACAGAAACAAAUUGCAAAUCGCCACCUGGGUCAUUUGCAUUGUUUGUACUCUUAUCUACCAUAGCUCUCCACCAAAUCGCUCAGGUAUUGUAAAAUUGGAGUUUGCUUGUGUGUCAUGAUCUUUUUAAUUGGUCACUAGACAAUCAACCUUCCUUAAAUAUUUAGGUGUUUUCGCUUUUCUGAGUUUCGACUGUAAUACUGUGUGUUUGACUACACUUGUAUCUCAAGCCUGUGUUCUCGGGGGGUGGGGGGGGGACCCAUGUUUUUUAUUUGGAGUCUAAUACAAUAAAUAGUAUAUCAACUAGCUCCAAAUAACUAUGAUGGCGUUUUGCCCAGAACACCCUAAGUGAGACCAAAAUCCGAAAUUUACACCCCUAAGCGAGACGUCGAGCAUCCCCACCCCUUUCGUAUGGGGAGCCCCUCCCCCCCGGGCCUGUGUUUCCCUCAAAGGAAUACACGUUUUCCUCUCCACCUAUCUAUACGUUACUUGUCAGCCUAACAGUUUUUUCAAAGUUCCUCAAUGCUUGGGAGACAUAUUUUGUUUGACACGAAGCUGUGAUUUUGUCAGUCCCAGGUAAUUUCUCAAGUUUCAUAACGAGUAAGGACGCGUAACUGUCGUUAUGAACAAAAUGAACUAGAAAGCCGUGACAAAGGCCCUUUAAUCUUAAAUUACAAAAUUCGACAGCUAAGCGUACUCGUAUGCUGCAAAUAAAUCCACCUUAAGACUGGUAUUCACUCCAUGUUUUACGUCUUUUAGGUUGAUGUUUACAGCUUUGGGGUUCUUCUGAAUGAAAUGUAUAUCCGCGAAUUGCCAGAUCCUGAACGACGUAACGAACAAGUGGCGCGUGUGAGGAAUAGUGCAUUUAGAGGCCUUGUACAGCGAUGUCUACAUAUAAAUCCUGAAUCAAGACCAAGCAUGGAAGAGAUAAUUAACUACCUCAUGCGGUUGAAUGCAGCAUUGUAA